AUGGUCCUCGAAGCGGUGAUGGUCGUUGUCGACAACAGCGAAAGCAGUCGCAAUGGCGACUACCAACCCACGAGAUACGACGCCCAAGCCGAUGCUGUUAACGUCAUUUUCCAGACCAUUACCAACGGUAACCCCGAGUCCUCGGUUGGCUUGAUGAGCAUGGGAGGCAAGGGUCCCGAGGUAUUGGUCACUCUCACGACAGAUCAGGGCAAGAUCCUGGACGGCCUGCACCGCACGAAAACAAAGAUUAAGGGAACAUCACACCUGGCUACGGGCAUUCAAGUCGCCGGCCUUGCCCUGAAGCACCGUCAGAACAAGUCCCAACGGCAACGGAUAAUCGUCUUCGUCUGCUCGCCCAUCGAGGAGGAAGAGAAGAAACUGGUGCAGCUGGCCAAGAAGAUGAAGAAGGGCAACGUUUCGGUCGACUUCGUACUGUUUGGCGAUCUGGACGAUGAUGAUACGCAGAAGAAGCUACAGGCGUUCAACGAGAGCGUCAAGGGUGGCGAGGGCUCUAACUUGGUCGUCAUUCCCCCAAGCAGCAAGCUUCUCAGCGACCAGCUCAUCUCGAGCCCCAUCCUGCUCGGUGACUCUGCUGGUGGAAGUGGUGGUGGUGGCGGUGGCGGCGAGAGCAGCGGCGGCAACUUUGGCGAGUUCGACUUUGACCCCGCCAUGGACCCGGAGCUCGCCCUCGCGCUGCGCAUGAGUAUGGAGGACGAGAAGGCACGGCAGGAGAAGAAGGCACGUGAGGAGGCCGAGGCCGGACAGAAGGGAUCACUUGAGGACAUCAAGGAGGAAGGCGAGAAUGCGCCCCUCCUCAACAAGGAUGGGGAGUCGAGCAAGAAGAACGACAAGAGAGACGACGACACGAUGGACACCUCGUAG